CGCUCAUUAUCAUAUAUAAAUUAAAAUUAAAUCAGUACAUAUUCUCCCAAAAACAAAAAAAAAAAAUUAACAUUAUGGCUCCGAAGAAGAAGAAGACGGUAUCAGUUAAGAAAGUGGUACGAGAAGUAGAAACUAUUCAAGUUGCUAUUGAAGAAACUCAAAACGACACUGUUUUAGACAGUAAAGCUUUCAACACUACUUCUUCUACUACAACAACUACAACUAGUAGCACUGUUAUCCCUAUACAACAAGAACAGGUCCUAAACGACACCGUUUUGAACAAAAAACAAUCUGAUGCUGAUCAACAGCCCGUGGCAGACCCAAUUAAGGACAAGCAAGAACAAAACGACAGCGUUUUGGCAAGUAACAAGAGGAAGAAGAAUAGAAAACAACAAGAUCAGGUAAAAAACGACACCGUUUUGAAAAAUAAAAGGCAACAAAAACAAAACGACAGCGUUUUGGGGACGAGGAGUAAGAAGAAGAUUAAGAAGAGAAGGAAAAAUAGUAAUAGUAGGGAAGAGUACAAGAGGUAUGUAUUUCUUGUUUUGAAGCAAGUUCAUCCUGGUAUGAGAAUCUCAACGAAAGCCAUGAGUGUAAUGAAUAGUAUGAUGAACGAUGUGUUUGAGAGGUUAGCACAAGAAUCAGCCAAAUUGGUUACUUAUAAUCGUAAGAUGACACUCUCUUCUAGGGAGAUUCAAGCUGCUGUUGGACUUGUUUUCCCUGGUCAACUUGGUCAACAUGCCAUGGCUGAGGGUGCUAAGGCCCUUGCCUCUUAUUUCUCUUCAAACACUACUUAAUUUUAUUAUAUAUAUAUAUAUAUGUGUGUUGUUUGGUUUCCACUGUGGACUUUUAUCGAACACUUUGGCUCCGUAUUGUAAUUGUUGUCUUUUGUUUUUACUAGAUAAUGUCGUUUUGUCGAACAGUUUGGCUUAUUAUUGUAAUUGUUGUCGUUUUUACUGGGUAAUGUCGUUUUUUGGAAAUGAUGUCGUUUUUUCGAACAGUUGGUUUCAUAUUGUAAUUGCUGUCGUUUUUACUAGAUAAUAUCGUUUUUUCGAAAUGAUGUAGUUUUGUCGAACAGUUUGGCUUCAUAUUGAAAUUGUUGUCGUUUUUACUAGAUAAUAAUGUCGUUUUUUUGGAAAUGAUGUCGUUUUAUCGAACAGUUUAGCUUCAUGUUGUAAUUAUUGUCGUUUUACUAGAUAAUGUCGUUUUAUCGAGGGUGCUAUGGCCCUUUGCUUAAUGCAUAUAUCUAACAUCUUGUUUAGUGAUAUAUUUUCGUCUUUAUAUUUCAGAGUGGACUUUUAUCGAACAGUUUGGCUUUGUAUUGUAAUUGUUGUCGUUUUUCAAGCUAAUGUCGUUUUGUUAAAACAUUGUCGUUUUACCGAGGGUGCGAAGGCCUUAUAUAUAUGGAAC